GCAAAAGUGAGCUCCGAGGAUGUGACGUCACUGUUAGCUCUUUUCCAUCUUGGUUUUACAAAACACAAGAUCAUAGUUCGUUUUGACACCACCGAAAAUGGUGAAUAAGAAGCCAUCCAAGAAGAAGGUAGCGGGCAAGAAAGUUGCCGCUGCUCCUCUGGCCGUCAAGAAGGUUGAGGUUAAGAAAGUGGUCAAUCCGCUAUUUGAGAAACGCGUCAAGAACUUCGGCAUCGGUCAGAAUGUGCAGCCGAAGCGUGAUCUGUCCCGUUUCGUACGCUGGCCGAAAUACAUUCGCAUUCAGCGACAUAAGGCAGUUCUACAGAAGCGCCUGAAGAUUCCGCCACCGAUUAACCAGUUCUCGCAGGCUUUGGAUAAACAUACCGCCCAGCAGUUGUUCAAGCUGUUGGAAAAGUAUCGUCCGGAGAAUCCGAUCGCUAAAAUCCAGCGCUUGAAGGCUAAAGCAGAGGCAAAGGCUGCCGGCAAGCCUGAACCACCGGCGAAGAAGGGCAAUCAGCUGCGCCAGGGUGCUAACACCGUGGUAAAGCUAGUGGAGCAGAAGAAAGCUCAGCUAGUUGUUAUCGCUCAUGAUGUGGACCCAAUUGAGUUGGUCAUCUAUCUGCCCGCUCUGUGUCGCAAGAUGGGAAUCCCGUACUGUAUCAUCAAGAGCAAAUCUCGAUUGGGAACGCUAGUGUACCGCAAGACCUGUACCUGCAUUGCACUUACCCAGGUCGACAAUUCGGAUCGGGCGAAUCUGUCCAAAUUGGUGGAGACAAUUAAGACUAACUUUAACGAUCGCUACGAGGAAAUUCGCAAGCACUGGGGAGGUGGUCUGCUUGGUCCGAAGAGUAUGGCUCGCAUUGCCAAGCUGGAGAGGGCCAAGGCGCGUGAAUUGACGCAGAAGACGCUGUAAGCUCGAUAGCUUGAUGGGUGUGUCGAUUCAAUGUAUGCUUAGGUGCAUAAUCUUGUGUAAGGUUGAUUUCUUUCGUUCGCGAAAGAAUCAGCUGCGGUUGAGAGAGAAUAAAAUCUGGGAAAGAUAAACGUAA